AGGCAUGUAGUAUCUACAUCCACACAAUACAUGUAAUAGAUACGAUGGCACCCGUCACGUGACAGUGAAGUGAGGCACGUUGGAAGUUUUUCUCAAAUUCCCCAUUUCCCAACUUUGACAACAUCAUACAUACGUCACCGCGUAAGAUAAUCUCUCGCUCCGGAGUCCCGACUGUCUGGUAGACAAGGGCCUGUCGGCUAGACCCAACCCAACAACGCGGAAGAAGAAGAAAACGGAAGGAGAAAAAAAAAAAAAAAAAAAAAGAACUCGGCGUCAUGGCGUCUAAUCUGAUGGAACUUUUCGCGAUAAGCAAACGGGAUGGUGAGCGAUGGCAUGGGCAACGUUGCUGUUGGAAGUUUGAUCAAGUCGAAGAUCGUCGUCGUCAUUCUCAGUCAUGGAGGGUGGAUGGCUAGCCACAAGUGGGAAAGUAGAGCCUCCCGACGCCGGCGUCGGCCAACAUGCCAAGCCCCAUGGAUGAUACCGGCCAACGGUACCAAGCCGGACAGAUAUGAGAGUGGGGAUGAGCGUCGCGCCCGGGUAGCAUGUGCGAUGAGGUUGUGCGAUUAUGUUAUCAGAUCGGAUGGCCCGGUAGUCUGGUAUCUCUGCCAACGUACAUAUCACAUCUUACGAUCCCUACAUCUCGGAGCUUCGUAUACUCGUCCCCCGGCCCCUGUUACACGAUUCUUCGCUAUAGGCCGGAGACUCGGGUAUGCCUACCUAGUAUUUUUGUUUUUUUUUUCCCAAAUAUACCUUAUAUCUGCUAUACCUGGAUCCGACCUCAGUAUCUGAGCAGAACCAUGCCCAGCACAUAACUAUACAUAGAUCUACAC